GGCAGAUCACCACAAUAGCAUUUGGCAUUUAGAGCAAGUUGUAUUUACAAAGCUUGGACUUUGCCGUAAACAGCUCUUGUUUCCCUCAAUAAAACACAGUUCAUUUUGAUUUUCGUAAUUGAUUCAGUUCAAAGAGGAAAUUCCAAGCAAAUCAUCGAAAAAUCCAUAAAAUUCCAAGCAACGAUGGGUGACCGAUACAAUAUUCACAGCCAACUCGAGCAUUUGCAAAGCAAAUACAUUGGAACGGGACAUGCCGACACCACCAAAUACGAAUGGUUAACCAAUCAGCAUCGUGACUCGUUGGCUAGUUACUUGGGCCACAGUGAUUUGCUCAGCCUUUUCGCAAUCGCCGAAAAUGAAACCAAAGCUCGUGUCCGAUUCAAUUUGAUGGAACGAAUGCUACAACCAUGCGGACCACCACCAGAGAAGGCCGAAGAAUAAACACGUCAACCGUAAACGAUUCGAUAAACAAAUUUCAAUUUGUAAGAAAUGACAAAAAGAUCCAAUAAAAUUAAGACAGUCUUAAGAAAAUUAA